AUGGAUGUUAAUGGUACUGAUGCCUUUACCCUUGCAAUUGAGAAGAUAUUAACUUCAUGGGGUGUCAAAGAAAUACACCUUGGUUUUCUUAAACACAAUCCAGAUUGGACAGAUGUUCUUGCUCUGAAAUUGCUUUUGGUAAUCCAGGAGCUGAACUAUCGGUUAAUAACAGGUGAAAAAGAUAUCCAGGAGAAAAUGUGGCAUGCAGCAAUGCUCAUGUCAGUCAUAAAAGAGAUGUCAGAAAACCUUCAGCACUGCUGGAGGGAAAACACUGAUAUAGAGCUAAACCUGACCAAUACAAAAGAUAUUUUCUAUUCUCCUGUGGUGUUCUCCUCCAUUGGAUCUGUAGAAGUCACGCAGGCCUUGGAGAACACGCUGAGAUGUUUUCACGCCUGGGCCGGACGGGCUCUGAAACUCAAAUCCAGAGAUAUCUCCUCGAACAUCAGUCUGCAGAUCUGCUUGCUUGCCAUCGCCUGUCUAAUUUAUCCCAUAGUUCUCCUGUCUUUCAAGCAAAUGACCGAGUGGAUUCAGGAUUACGCUCGCAGCCUCAAGGAGAAGACGGAUGACCUGAAGAGAGAAAGACGUGUCGCAGAAGAUCUCCUUCAUCAGAUGUUACCCAAAUCUGUGGCCAAGCAGCUCCGCCAAAACAAGCACGUAGAGGCUGAGAGUUAUGAAAAGGUGACUAUUUUCUUCUCUGAUAUAGUGGGGUUUACAGCUAUAUCAGCCUCCUGCACUCCAUUACAAGUUGUUGGGAUGCUUAAUAACCUCUAUAUGUGUUUUGACACACGUAUUGACUCCUAUGAUGUCUACAAGGUGGAGACUAUAGGAGAUGCAUACAUGGUGGUCAGUGGACUGCCAGAGAGAAAUGGAGAUAAGCAUGCAGAUGAGAUCGCUAAAAUGUCACUGGAUCUGGUGGCUGCUGUCAGACAGGUGCCAAUACCACACAUGCCUAAUAAACGCCUUCAGCUCCGUGCCGGCAUACACACAGGCCCUUGUGUUGCUGGUAUUGUUGGUUAUAAGAUGCCCCGCUACUGUCUGUUUGGAGAUACAGUCAACACCGCCUCUCGGAUGGAGUCCACAAGCCUGCCACAGAAGAUUCAUGCAAGCUCUGCUACAUAUCUGGCGCUCAUGAAGGACAAUGCUUAUGAACUACAGUUAAGGGGUGAGAUUGAAGUUAAGGGGAAAGGUAAAAUGAACACAUACUGGUUGGUGGGUCACAAAAACUACAGCGUUCAGAAUGACAGUUUGGUUUGCCACUGGAACCCAAAUAUCUCGAGAAAGAAAAAGCCUGCGGUAUGCAGCGGUGUAUCCAUGGAGAACUCCAGCACCACAGUACAGAGUACAGGUGACAGUAUAACAGCAGUCUCUCGAUCUGAGGUCCUGCCUAAACCAGAGGGGUCAGAGGUCAAACUGCAUGUGUCUGCGCAGGUGGAGAAGUCCGCAGGUGGCUUCGGGACGCUGGAUGAAAUGGUGGGGGCACUGCACGUAGAGCAGGGAGAAGAUGAAAGCCCAUCAGAUCAACACAAUGACAGAAGAUCCCUGAUUCCUGGCUCAGUGACUGACAGUUAAUCACAUGUGGAUUUUCAAUGAGGUGAUGUGUGGGAGGCUCAAAGGACAUUUGUGCUUAUUACAAUAUACAGGAACGUUUUAUGGAAAAGCGUCCUCUAGAUUGUUU